AUGUCUCUGUCUGUAGCGCCUUCUAAGGACGCCACUGUCAGAAGACUCCCUUUACAAUCAUCUUCAAAUCCAUCACAAAAACAUCCUCCAAAUAGACCCCCACCAAUAGUCCUUACUUCUCCAAAUCACUAUCAACCUUCAUCUUCUUUCUUAGCAACUCCUCCAAGUUCUGCUACAAGUCCAGCACCUAGAUCUCUUAAUCUAAAUUCAACUCCUAAAAAUACAUCAUCCACAAUUACCCAAUCUUUCCCUCAAAUCCAUAUAGGUCUUCCAACCCCAGAAUCAGAUACAAGUGAUUCAGAUUUAACUCCAACAAUAACACCAAUCCUUACAUGUCCAUUCCCAACACCUAAAUACCCACCCUCUCUCUUUAAUACCCUCACUCUAGCCCAUGCAGACCGUUCCAAAAUUAGAUUUAACUAUCAUCGUCAAACUAAUACUAAUACUGCUACUACUACUACUACUACUACUACUACUACUAAUACUACUUCUAACUCCUCUUCAUCAUCUCCAUUAAUCCUUCAAGCUGCAACCCCACAAAUGCUAGUCGUUUAUCUCACUUCACAUAAUGUCCUUGAUUAUGAUCUUCUCUCUGACUUUUUCCUCACUUAUAGACUCUUCCUUAACCCCUUUGAUCUUUUGGAACUCGUCUUUGCACGUCUAGCUUGGGCAAUUUCUACCCAUGCACAAGCACCCCUUCUAGAACUCGGCCGCGACGUUGCUGUACGAACUUUUGUGGUAAUUAGACAUUGGGUCCUCAACUUUUUCCCUGAUGAUUUUGUCCCAUCAUACACUCUACGUCUUCGUUUCGCUCAAUGUGCAAAUGCCCUUUACUCAUGGCAACCAGUCCAAUCUACUCCUGCAUUUCUCCUCAUCCUUGUCCAACUUAAAAAAUCCUGGCUUCGAUCUUGUGCUCUUUACUGGGACAUGGACCCACCAUUAUCUCAAAAACCUUCUUCCCCUCCAAACUUCUCUUACCCUCGUCCUCAGGCACACCCGGUAUCUCCAGGGGGGAAAUUUGGCUCAAUUGAUACCAGAAAAUCUUCUGUUGUUUCCCCCAAAUCAUCUCCAACUAAAUCUGCAUCUUCUCGUAGAGCUACUAUGCUCUCUCUUUACCAAAUCCCCAUUAAACCUAUUCUCACAAACCCUGAUCCUUUACUUAAAAACCACGGGUUUGGGCUCAUGGAUGGAUCUCUCAUUAAAGGUGGUAUUUCUCUUUCCACAGACGCAAGAGUCUCCUCGUUUUGCCCACCAACUCCAGUCCCUUCAUUAUUAAUUCAACCAUUACCCCCUAAAGUCUCUCCACAGCCUCAACCAUUACCCCCUAAAAUUUCUUCCUCACAAAAACAACAACAACAACAACAACAAGAGCAAAAACAACCACCUCAAAUUCUCACCCACAAAUCCCACAAAUCAAUCCGCACAAUCAUGGAAAACUGGAAAAGAGAACUUGGCCAUCAUAAAAAUAAAGCCAUUUCAAAAUUCUUCUCAAAAGUCGUCCACAUCUCUAAAGAAGAACAAGAAGGAAAUCAAACUCUAAAGGUUCAUCAAACUCCUCAACUACUCAUCCAAGAAAUACCCCCUAAUCCACAACCACUCUCACAAAUACCUCCUCAACCUUCUCCCCUCCUAACAAAUGAUACCCCACGAAUCGACGUACUCUCAGCUCGUGUUAUCCAGGAACUUGACGCCAUCGUCAAGGCCCGUGAAGCCAUGGACGGUGAUGAUGAUGACUAUGAUGAUGACGCAACAAGCAUCGAUUCCUAUAAAUCUGGUGAGCAGCUCGGUGAUACUGAUUCCCGCAUUUCUCUCAUUGACAGUCUCAACAUGCGCGCAUACCUCUCCCCCAAACGUAACCGUAGCGUCGUGACUCCACCACCACAACCACCUUCAUCAUCAAUCUACCGUCAAAACUCAGUUGCAUCUAGCAUUGCUGGCGGCCGUGCAUCCACUGUUUCUUCAGGAGUUUUCGUUUCUGCAAAAACAUCACCUCAAAAACUUAAAUCAUCUCCAUCUUUUGCUUCGGCGUUUUCUCCAGUCCCUGAAUGUAAAACUCCCUCUCCUACCCUCUCUCUUUGUGUAGUUGCUCCACCAACCCUCGACACUCAUCGCAUCCCCCAUCUUCCACCCCCAAACAAACCUUCCAGCCCUAACGUCUCUCCAAAAGCAACUGCCCCCCCUGGAUCUCCGACUCGCUUAUCAAUCCGUUCCUAUGAUUCAUACGAUUCCCGUACUUCCUCACCGCUUGCUUCUACUACCCAUCUGGCUCAAAAUGGCGGCCUACGUCGUGUAGGCCACCUUAAUCUUUCGCCUGUUCCAUUUUACCUGACUCCAGGCGAAAGCAGUUCCCUGUUGGCUGAAACAAUAGCACGCGAUCUUGGCGCUGACCUUAAUACUCCAGCUGACCCUACACUGCUCCCUCACCAUAACCCUAUUCUUCCUGGUGGACUUUCCCCAGAUAUUGUGGCUGAGUUAGCACAGAUUCCAGACGAUGAAGACGACGACGACACUGCUAAUCCUAACGCAGUUGCUCAUGCUCUUUCCAGAUUAGAAGGUACUUGUGUGCCACAUAAAGUCACCACUUUGGAGCAACGCAUCUCCAUGCAACUCGAGCAUCUACCAACCGUAGCCCCCUUGCAUAUCCGCUCGCAAACACCAGUGUCGAGUCCUCCUAGACCUUUAUCUGCCACAACGCCAGUCCGCACCAUGGCCCCUGAGGGAGGGUCCCCGCAACGCAGGCGUCACAGCAGUCCUCAAAGUGUCAAGAAUUUCCUCCAAGGUGGGGCCGCGCUUGCACCAAACAGUAAUAAUAAUAAUAAUAAUAAUAAUAAUAAUAAUAAUAACAACAACAACAACAGCAACAAUAAUAACAACAGCAACAAUAAUAACAACAGCAACAAUAAUAACAAUAACAACAAUGCCGGAAGCGCUGAUACCACGUUUCUUAAGACCCCACAGUUCUGUGAUACUUACACGCCACCACAGGAAGUGUCGUCGUCAUCGCCAACACAGUUGCGCAUCCCGGGCCGCGCCCUCAGCUACGACACCUCCGGGGCCUCGUCAUCGUCCCCAAUCACGGACGACUUUUUGCUGUUCAACUUUUCUUCCGGGUCCAGUCUGUACCAAGACGCAUUUGAAACACCCAAGCCCGUAGACCCCAGGGCGUUCCGCAAUGGAGGGUCUGUACUUGAUGAGGAUUAUAACUUUGGUAGUACCGGAACUGGACUUGGGUUGAAGGAAGAAACAACUGCCCCAAUGACGCGCCGGCGUGCGCCCACUAGGUUCUUGAGAUCUUCUAAAUCAGUCUCACAGUUACUUUCCCUACGCAGUAGUGGCGAAAGCAGUAGCAGCAGCAAUGGAGGUUUUGGUGGCGAGGAAAAUUUACUGUUUGGACCUACAAGCCGUAACCACUCGCUGGCUUUAGCAAUGGGGUUCCCUACAAUGCUAGAGGAGGAUGAGGAGUCUACGGGAAGCAUAGCCAGCGUGACUACUGCUAAACCUAUUCGCAAGCUGUUUGCACCACAAACAAGCGUUUUGCGACCAGGAAUCACACGCAGUGCUACAGGCAACCUACUACGGCGCGGCGCAUCGCUUCGCAGAGACCCUGCACUUGAGUCCAAGGCACACUCACUGUUUGAUUUGAAUGUACGCGAGGAGUCUAGACACAAAGACAAGAGUCGUGGGAAUGACAAUGUUGAGACUCUGCGCAGGGACAAUGUAUUUGCGAAUCGGGGGUCCGAGCAAUCUUUAGGUCUUCCUGAACAAGCAUCCACACCGCCGUUAGUCUCAAUGUCGGGUGAAUCGUUUGGAUCAACAACUCCACCGGCCCACCAUUCAUCUGCCAUUAGCUUACUUCCAUCGCCAGUCAUGGUUGCAGCAGCUGCUGCUGCAGAAGCAGAAGCAGAAGCAGAAGCGACCGCCACACAAACUACAGAAGAAGUACCAGUUAACUUCCCCACCGAAGAAGACCCACUAUCUAUUUCCGCCACAGUUCCUAACGGUAACCAUGCGCCAUUCAUUCUACACUACGGGUCGCGCGUACUAACAGAACAGUUGACACUUGUGGAGCGUGAUGCGCUUGCAGAGGUUGACUGGAAAGAACUUGUGGAAAUGCAAUGGCCACGGACUGUGACACCAGUGCAGAGCUGGCUAGGUUACUUGGUAGAACCUCGGCCUGAUACUGAGGAGGGUCCACAUGGCGCCGCGGUAGUCAUUGCACGGUUCAAUCUGAUGGUAAAUUGGGUCAAAUCGGAGAUUUUGUUAACCCGGUCUCUCAAGGAACGAAGCUUUACGGUGGCACGGUUUAUCCAUGUUGCACACCAUGCGCGACAAUUACAAAACUAUGCGACAGUUGUCCAGAUUGUUCUUGCAUUGACAUCGGCUACCAUCCAUAGAUUGGCACGUACUUGGGCAGCUGUCCCAGCUGCGGACCGGGCAAUGCUAGCAGCUCUUGAGGAGCUUGUUUCACCACUUCGCAAUUUUAAAAACUUGAGAACGGAGCUUAGCAAAUUGGAUGCGGCGCGCGGGUGUAUCCCGUUUUUGGGAAUUUACUUGUCUGAUCUGACGGCAAAUGCAGAACGACCAAUGUAUCUAGAGGGGACCGAGUCGGGUUCUGAAUCAGAUCUAGGCUCAGGCUCAGGCUCAAGUCCAGGCUUAAGCUCAGGUCCAGGCUCAUGUUCAGAGUCAGAUUCAGAACACUUGGUCAAUUUUGCAAGGUUCCGAACUAGCGCUAACGUGGUUAAGUCAUUGAUGCAGUGCAUUGAAUGGGCUGGGAACUACGAGCUUGUACCGGAUCACGAUUUGCUAGCCAAGUGCUUGUACAUUCAAUCAUUGACCGAAGACGAGAUGAAUGGAUGUUUAAAGUACUUGGAUGAGUCAGUGUAA